AUGCCUUCAACCCGCGACCUGGCCGAUCCCAAGGAGUAUCAGAAGAUUCUCCACUGGGCUGAGACACAAAAGGAUGGAGCGAUCCCUUCCUUCGCUACGCGACGCAACGACCCGUAUGAGUACCAAGCUGGCUUUGGCAACUCUUUCGAGUCCGAGGCGGUCCCUGGCACUAUUCCACGGGGCCAGAAUAGCCCGCGCAAUGUCCGUUUCGGCCUCUACGCGGAGCAGAUCACUGCCACGGCGUUCGUGGCUCCGAGACACGCUAACAAGAAGGCGUGGCUGUAUCGUGCGCGCCCAGCAGUCGCACACCAGGGCUUUACAGAACUCCCAGAUAACAAAGACACCGAGUCCAACUUCUUGCCGUUGAACCCUCGCGUCCAUGUCUCACCCACACAACUAGCAUGGCACCCCAUAGACAUCCCGGAGAAGGAGGAAGUGGACUUUGUCUCCGGCCUGAAGACGAUCGCCGGCUCCGGCGACCCGACUCUGCGUGAGGGACUAGCAACUCAUGUCUAUGUCGCCAACACGAGCAUGAAGCAGAAGGCCUUUGUCAACUCGGAUGGCGAGUUCCUCAUUGUUCCUCAGCAGGGUGCACUUGAUAUACAGACCGAAUUCGGCCCUCUCUUUGUUCAACCCGGCGAGAUUGUUGUCAUUCAGCGAGGCCUGCGCUUCCGCGUGGAAUUGCCGGAUGGCCCCUCGCGUGGCUACAUCCUUGAAGUCUGGGGAACGUGCUUCGAGCUGCCGGAGCUGGGCCCCUUGGGGGCCAAUGGCCUGGCCAAUGCACGAGACUUUUUGAGCCCUGUCGCCCAUUACGAAAUUGCCCAGGAGCCCUGGGAGAUUGUGUAUAAGCUUGGGGGCAAAUUCUUUAGAAGCACGCAAAACCACAGCCCUUUUGAUGUGGUGGCCUGGCAUGGGAAUUAUGUCCCUUAUAAAUAUGACCUGACCAAGUUUGUCAAUGUGGGCUCCAUUUCGGUGGACCACAUUGAUCCGUCCAUUUUCUGUGUCCUGACAGCCAAGUCACGCGACCCGACUGCGCCGUUGGCCGACUUGCUGACCUUCUCUCCGAGAUGGGAUGUCGCAUCUCACACUUACCGUCCCCCAUACUACCAUCGCAAUGUCGCUUCUGAAUUAAUGGGCCUCAUCUACGGCCAGUACGGCGGCCGUUCCGACGCCUUCAAGCCGGGCAGUGUAUCCUUUGAAUGCGGAAUGGUCCCCCACGGAGUGGCUUACGAGGAGUUCAAGGCGGCGAGUGAGAACGCGCCGCCGGUGAUGCAAAUCUCCGAGGCCUCGAUCGCAAUCAUGUUCGAGUCCAGUCGGCCGUUCACGAUCACCGAUUAUGCGUGGAACAGCACAAAUAAGCACGAACACGAGCCGAAGAUGUGGGACAGUCUGGUGGAUAACUUCUCCAACCAUGCGAAGGAAGUGGAGGAGAUCCUGGCGAAGAAGGCGCAGACCUUGUCUGUAUGA